AUGGCAGCCACAAGAGUGCUUACUGCAGCUGCAGCCACUACCAAACCCACCUCCUGUUUCCUCUCCAAACGAGCUUUCCUUCUUCCGACGAAUACAUCAUGCGGCGGCGCUGCUCUAUCCUUCAACAGAAGAGCUUUGGUGUUGAAAUCUAAACAACCCUUCUCUUGCAAUGCCAUAUACAAUCCUCAGGUUAAGGUUAAAGAAGAGGGUCAAUCCGAAACCCUAGAUUAUCGCGUUUUCUUCCUCGAUGGCUCCGGAAAGAAGAGUGUGGCCCUGUAUCCAGGAAAAUGA